AUGAGCAAUACUGCAGAAAAAAUAAGUGAUUUAUUUAAUGUUUCCCUUAAUGAACUUGAAACCAAUAUUGUUGCAAGUGCUGUCAAAUUCAAUUAAUAACCUUAGCGUUUACUUGAUGUAAUAUUUAGAAUAAUGUUGUUUAGGAAUUAUAAUAAUCAGUGAUGGAUUUUAAGUCUAAAUUUUAUGAAUCUCUGCAUAACUUAUUAUAAUUUAUCGCUUAAGUUAAUAAUGGCAAGGAUAUAUUAAAGAUAGCUUAAUAAGUUGAAACUCAUAUAAUAAAAUUCAAAUAAUAAUAACUUCUUGUGUAGAUGAAAGUAGUGCUUAAUAGCAAAUUAAAAGCCCUAUUAGAAACAUUUUGUGGUGAAAAUCAAUAAAAGUUUGAAGUAUUAAAUUUUAUAAAAAUAAUAGGUCUAAAAUUAAAUCAAACAUCUUAAAGAAUCAUUAUUAAAGAUUGAAACCACUCUCAUGGAAUAGUAGUAGCUUACAUCUACACCACAAUAACAUUUUAUAACACCAUAUCCUAAAAAAAAUUUCAUUACAGCAUCAUCUUAAGAUAUCUUGACACCUAAUUUAAGUGAUGAAGCUGAAAUGAGAGGAAAAGGUUUCUUUAUAACUCCUGAAAACAGACAAUAACAACCAAGGUAAUUUGAUCACUCUUAAUAAUAAUAUUCAUCAAAUGAAAGUUAUUCUGUUUAACAAAAUAAAACAUUAAAUUCUUUCGACAAAGAAAAGUCAGAGGAUAAAACAGAUCUACAAAGUCCAUUUUUUGGAUUACAAUAAGAUCAUCCCCAUUAACCAAAACUAUUUCAAAAUGAAAUAAUGAAUGAUUAUUUGUAAAGAGUUCCUCUUGAUGAAGGUCCAUAAGAAUCACAAUUAUUGGAUGAAUCUAAUUUAAACUUUCAUUAAGAUUAAAUAGCUAAAAAAACGUAAUAAUAAUAAUAAUAGUAGUAAUAAUAAUAGUAAUAAUAACUAUAAUAAUAACAAUAAUAAUAAUAAUAACAAUAAUAGUAAUAGUAAUAAUAACAAUAGCAAUAACAACAACAACAACAACAAUAAUAAUAAUAAUAACAACAACAACAAUAAUAAUAAUAAUAAUAACAAUAACAAUAACAAUAAUAAUCUAAUAAGAAUUAAUAAAAAUUACAAGUAUAACCUUAAAAAUAAACUCAGUGGUAAAAUUUGUAAUUACAAUAAACAUUCUAACAUAUAGAUUCGUUAUAAACUACAAGAACUGAACAAUUUGAAACUCAAGCAAGAGUAUCAACUCCAAAAGAAAAUUAAAUUUAAACUCGAAAUUAAUCAGUUGAACCUAAUAUUAGAGAUGUUUCUCAAUCUCCCAAUGGGAAAAGGUUAAUAUAAACUUCAAAAUCAAAAGAACCAUUUUCUAGAUGCAGAUCAUCAUUAGAAACAACAAACCUUCUACAGAAAUUGAAUUCCGUUGAGGCAUCAAAGUCAACAAAUAAACUUAAUAAAUCAAAAUCCAAUAAAGAAAAUUAAUCUUAGCCAGUAGUUAAGUGUUCAAAACCUAGCAAACCUCAAAUUACUGUUUAGAAGCAAAAAAAUUAAAUAGUUACCAAACCUCAGUCAUCUAUAAAUAUAGUUAAAAAGUAAAAGUCGAAUUGA